CCCGCCACCUCCCCCACCGCAGACCCUCUCUCUUUCUUUUCUCUUUCUCUACUUAUCACUCUCUCUCUCUCUCUAGCUUCUUGAAACCCUUCGAAUAUCAAUCACCAGCUCUUUCUCUGCACUGCACUUGCUACAAUGGGCGCUUCGCUUCCUCCCAAAGAGGCCAACCUCUUUAAGCUCAUCGUCAAAUCAUACGAAACAAAGCAGUACAAAAAGGGUUUGAAGGCUGCUGAUGCAAUUUUAAAGAAGUUCCCUGAUCAUGGAGAAACUCUAUCAAUGAAAGGACUUACUUUGAACUGCAUGGACCGCAAGUCAGAAGCAUAUGAACUUGUUAGACUUGGAUUGAAGAAUGACCUUAAGAGUCAUGUUUGCUGGCAUGUUUAUGGUCUUCUGUAUCGGUCGGACAGAGAAUAUCGCGAAGCAAUUAAGUGUUACCGCAAUGCUCUAAAAAUUGAUCCUGAUAAUAUUGAAAUACUUCGGGAUCUAUCUCUUUUGCAGGCACAAAUGCGUGAUUUGGCAGGAUUUGUUGAGACAAGACAACAAUUGCUCACACUGAAACCAAACCAUCGCAUGAAUUGGAUUGGGUUUGCUGUUGCCCAGCAUCUGAAUUCCAAUGGAUCAAAGGCUGUUGAUAUCCUUGAAGCAUAUGAAGGGACUCUUGAGGAUGAUUACCCUCCUGAUAAUGAACGUUGUGAGCAUGGAGAAAUGCUUUUGUACAAGAUUUCUUUACUGGAAGAAUGUGGAAUGGUUGAGAGGGCUCUGGAGGAGUUGCGCAAGAAAGAACCCAAAAUAGUUGAUAAAUUAGCUUACAAGGAACAGGAGGUUUCUCUGCUUGAAAAGCUUGGUCGCUUUGAUGAAGGAGAAGAAUUGUACAAGAAACUACUUUCUAUGAACCCUGACAAUUACAGGUAUUAUGAAGGCCUGCAAAGGUGCAUGGGGCUGUAUUCAGCAAAUGGUCAGUAUUCUCCUGAUGAAAUUGAUCGACUGGAAGCCUUGUAUGUAUCACUUAGCAAGCAAUAUAGUAGGUCAUCUGCUGUCAAGAGGAUCCCACUUGAUUUUCUAAGUGCUGAAAAAUUCCGUCUCGCAGCUGAAAAUUAUAUCCGACCUUUCCUGACCAAGGGCGUUCCUUCUCUAUUUUCGGAUCUUUCUCCUCUGUAUGAUCACUCUGGAAAGGCAGAUAUUCUGGAGCAGUUAGUCCUUGAGCUGGAGCACUCCAUCAAGACAACUGGUGGAUAUCCUGGGAGGGUUGACAAGGAGCCUCCUUCUACGCUCAUGUGGACUUUGUUUUAUUUGGCUCAGCAUUAUGACAGACGCGGUCAGUAUGAUGUUGCUCUCGGAAAAAUUGAUGAGGCCAUAGAACACACUCCAACCGUCAUUGAUUUGUACUCGGUGAAGAGCCGGAUAUUAAAGCAUGCUGGUGACCCGGUAGCUGCUGCUGCUUUGGCUGAUGAAGCUAGAUGUAUGGAUCUUGCUGAUCGAUAUGUGAAUAGUGAAUGCGUCAAACGUAUGCUGCAAGCCGAUCAGGUUGCUUUGGCAGAAAAGACGGCAGUUUUAUUCACCAAAGAUGGAGAGCAGCACAAUAACCUUCAUGAUAUGCAGUGCAUGUGGUAUGAACUAGCAUCUGGAGAAAGUUAUCUGCGUCAAGGUGACCUUGGACGGGCUUUGAAGAAAUUCUUGGCUGUGGAAAAGCAUUAUGCAGACAUAACUGAGGACCAAUUUGACUUCCACUCCUACUGCUUAAGAAAAAUGACUCUUCGAACUUAUGUUGAAAUGCUGAAAUUUCAAGACCGCCUUCAUUCAUAUUCUUAUUUCCGCAAAGCAGCUGCUGGGGCCAUAAAAUGCUACCUGAAACUGUAUGAUUCUCCUUCAAAGUCGUCUGCAGAAGAAGAUGAAGAGAUGUCAAAAUUGCCUCCUUCUCAGAAAAAGAAAUUGAGGCAAAAGCAGAGGAAAGCCGAAGCCCGAGCUAAGAAAGAAGCGGAAGUAAAGGAAGAAGCAAAUGCUACUGCUGUUUCAAAAUCUGGAAAACGCCCAAUAAAGCCAGUAGAUCUGGAUCCACAUGGAGAGAAGUUAUUGCAGGUUGAAGAUCCUUUGGCUGAAGCUACGAAGUACUUGAAGCUACUCCAGAAGCACUCUUCUGAUUCCCUAGAGACUCACUUGCUUUCUUUUGAAGUUAACAUGAGAAAACAGAAAAUCUUACUUGCAUUGCAGGCGGUUAAGCAUAUGGUCCGGUUGGAUGCUGAUAACCCAGACACACACCGUUGCUUGAUAAAGUUCUUUCAUAAAGUGGGAUCCAUGCUUGCUCCAGUAACUGAUGCUGAAAAACUCAUAUGGGGUGUCUUAGAAGCUGAGCGUCCUACAUUCACUCAGUUGCAAGGGAAAUCUCUCAUCGAGGCAAACACUCUGUUCCUAGAGAAACAUAGAGAUUCAUUGACACACAGAGCUGCAGUAGCUGAAAUGAUUUCUGUUAUGGAACCAAGCAAGAAGAAAGAAGCUAUCAACUUGAUAGAAGAAUCAUCUAACAACCUGGUUUCCUCAGAUGGAGCACUUGGGCCUGUCAAGAAAUGGAGGCUCAAGGAUUGCAUUGCAGUCCACAAGCUCCUAGUGACAAUUUUGUAUGACCAUGAGGCUGCAUUAAGAUGGAAGGUUCGUUGUGCUGAAUACUUCCCUUUCUCAGCGUACUUUGAGGGCAGCUGCAGCUCUGCUGUCACAAAUUCAUCUUACAACCAAAUGCACAAACUGCAUGAAAACGGCAGCCCGAACGAGAGUUCAUUGCCUUUAUCAUCCAAUGGAAAUGUAGAGAAGUUGGAGGGCCUCAAGGAUCUUGUCAUCCAAUAGUCAAUUCAUUUGGAUCUCGCACAUAGCUAACUUCCGCAGAAGAGGUUAGCAUAUCCAGGUGAUUCGAGUAAACAAUCAAUGUUGCGGCUUAAAACGUGACGAGAGAAAGGAGAAACUAUUGUCCUGGAAUACAGAUUUCCAAGUUUCAUGAAUUUGAAGGAACAUGAGUUGCAUGUUAAAUCUGAGACAGAAAUUUUCUUUUUGAUCGAGGCCGACGUCCCCCUUACUGGUAUGCAAUAUUAUUAUAUUGCAAAUGUGUAUACGUUUCAUCCGCUUUUGUUUUCGCAGUUGGACUUUGUAAUUUCUUGCUUUCUGGUGUGGUGCUGGACAAGAGGUUCUUUGGCUCUGAUUGCGAAUGCCUAAGAGAAAAAGACUGAUCCUACAGCCUCUCAGCUUACAACUACCACAGCAAUAGUUAUCCAACCUCAAGGGCAUGUUGUAUUUCUUAUUUAAUUUAACCAAUUAGAUGUGAUGUAUAAAUGCUAUUUUAUAUAAAAUUUUGUCUGGAUGUCGCGAUACAAAUAAAUUUUUUUCCUAGUAUUA